AUGGCCAGCUCUCUUGCGGUACUUAAAAACCUGCCUUGUCCGGCUGGUGACAAGUGUGACGCUUUUCAGUGCUUGUUCAAACACGACAGGAAUACUGACGCGAGAGCUACUGGUGUUAAAAGCACUGAUCAACCAAUCGACCAAGUGACGACCGCCUCCUCUUCGGAUCAGGUAUUACCAAGGAAGCGAAUCAAAUUGGACUCGACGACAUCAUCUUCACCUCAUCAAUCCGCAAUUUCAACAGGAAGUCAAAGCCGUGACUCCGUAAGUGGGCUGGUCCGCGGCCCCGCCACCUCAGCAUCAACUUCCGCUACGAUGGGGACACCACCCAAGAAACCGGAGGCACUGAACCCUCGCCUUCUCAAGUCUGCCCCAGCUAAGCAUGACACCCGCCUAAAACUUGUCAAGGCCCUACACGAACAGUACACCCGCCUCAACUCUGAAUUAAAGAAAGAAGCUAAAGAUGAAGUGUCGAAAAAACUGGUGCUUUCCGACCAAGAGCUCAUUGUAAAAACCCUUGAUGAUGAACAGGAAAUGGCCAUAAAACGACCCCAAAUCUAUGGAAACGUCAUUCGUAACAAAAUUAUGAGCUACAAACGCAAAACCGUUUCGGAGUGGAAGGAAGAACGAAUGCUCGCUACCGGAGUUUCUAGCGCGCAGAAUACGGCGAAUGUACCGGCAGCACCUCAACCUCUCGUUACUGGUUUGACCCCACCCCAGGAAGUUGAUUUUCUACAUCGGUUGGUAUGGCCCUUUAAUGGGCUUGAAUCAUAUGGGUAUGUCCACUCUGUUCCCGCGGACGAUGAUAUUGAGCAAGCUCGUGCAAGCGUCCAAGCUUCCGGUAAUGUCGAAGUUUUCCCGGGCCGAAGAGAAGAAGAUGGCGCGUUGACUACCAAUGGUUCCUGCACGUUUCACCCGGGCAAGACUUACUUUACAGAGAGGGGGCCAGGCAAGUUGUCUAAAGCCCAAAAGAAGUAUCGCUGCUGUCACCAGAAUGUCGAUGAUGAUACAACGGACAAGAAUCGACUAGCCAAUCUACUCAACUUUGCCGAAACGCCGCCGAAUCCGAACAUCCCUGCCGACAGGGCCAUCUGCUUUGAUUGUGAGAUGGGAUUCACAGCUUAUGGGCUUGAACUUAUUCGCAUGACCGUAAUAUCUUGGCCUAACUACGAGACGUUGGCGGACGUCCUUGUUCAACCGUAUGGAGAAGUACUUGAUCUCAACACUCGCUACUCCGGCGUGACACCUGAGGACAUGGUUUCAGCUGAGCGAUGGGUUCUUGGUGGUGACCAUAAACCAACUAUUAUUGAGAAUCAACAGAAGCCCAAGCUCAAGAUUGUCGCUUCUCCUAAGGAAGCACGCGACCUUCUUUUCUCGUUAAUAUCUCCCGAUACACCCCUUGUAGGCCAUGGUCUUGAGAACGACAUGAACGCCAUGCGUAUUAUACACCCCACUUGCAUCGAUACUGUUCUUCUCUUCCCCCAUAGGCGCGGACUACCACACAGAAACAGUCUCAGGAUGUUGAUGGAGACACUACUAAACCAGAAGAUUCAACAAGAAACAGAUGAGACCACGCCUGAGGGACACGACAGUGCGGAGGACGCAAAGGCUGCGGGUGAGCUGGCUAGGUUGAAGGUCCGAGACGAGUGGAAGAACCUGCAGACAAAGGGCUGGGUAAUCAAAGACGGCAAGGUCACAGCACCGGGUGAGGGAGAGAAAUAUGACCUCCCAUAUUGA